AUGUGUUGUUGGUUUGAGGUUAUGUCAAUGGAGGCAAUGGAACGCUUAAAUGUCACCACACAAUGGACGCCAGUGAGUAUCAACAAUGACAUUCAGGAACUAGACGAACGUCAUAUAUCAUGUUAUAACUCAACAACUGCGUUAGAUCAUAAAAUUGGAACUGUUCGGUCUACGUUGGUUCCAUUUGUAUCAGAAUAUUCAAUAAUGGCAGCAGGAAUUCUUUUUCGAUAUUGGGAGUGUCUUUCAAAUAAUUACCCGCUGAGGAGUAACGUUGGUGAAGAGGAAGCCGAUUCUUUACUAGAGAAUGAGUCUGAUGUUUUUGAUUCACAGCCGCAGUCGAGACCUCAAAGGAAUACGACAAGUUCGCCAAGACGUCGAUACCACUGUCGAUCUUAUUUAUUACCAUUUAUUGCUACGUUGAUCUCAAUACUUCUUCUUGUCAGCGCCAGUCUUAUGUUUAAGGAUGAUGGAACGUUUGCUUUGUCUGCUAAUAUAGCGUAUAUUUUUAUUGAGACUGGAUCCAACCUCUGUAUGUGUUUCGUAGCAUAUUUUGCUUUCAAGUACAUCUCACAUUUGAAGUAUGGUCGUCAAAAAUAUCUUAACAACCACGAAAUAUUGUGUCUGAUAUCUAUUGUGGGAUUAAUAAUCAUCAGCAUAUGUACAAUAUUAUCAUCAGUAGCAGAGCUUUUGCGUAGGACAGACGACACGAUGGAAUCGAUUGUUUGUGUUGGAAAUCUUCUUGAAGCAUUGACUGGUAUGGUAGAAGGUUGGCUUCAGACUUCACUUAUAAUUGCUGUGCGUCGCCGCCUUCUCGAGGACAGAAAUCAAUCGUGUUUGAAGGAAUGUUUGUUGUAUUUAGCUAUCGGCAACCUGGCUAUGUGGAUCCACGAUAGCUUCAUAGCAACUAACCUUUACAACGUUGAAUCCAUGCCAAAUGUCUGGUUCUUUGGUGAAUCCACUUGGAAUGUCGUUCAUUUAAUAUUUUUUACAGUCGUGAUAUAUUAUCGAUUCCAUUCUUUUAUUAUGUUUACUGGCGCAUAUGUUUCCUUUAAAAGAUGA